AUGGGCGGAUGUGGCAAAUCCCAACUUGCACUCGAAUAUUGUCGACAAGGUCAGAACGAGAAGUGGUUUUCUGCGAUACUCUGGUUAGAUGCAAGUUCUCCCAUGAGCAUAUCACAGUCUUUCGCCAACGUCGCAAACAAGUUGUUGAAGUCAAAUUUCGACAUCGCAGACGACAAAGGAAACAUUCGAUUUGUUCUUGACACAAUAGAGGCAUGGAAGUCCCGCUGGCUACUCGUCUUUGACAACUUUGACAAUCCAAGCUCGUUUGGCAAUACGAGUAUAAAUGAGUAUUUCCCGCGGGGCGGUUACGGUUCAAUCCUCUUCACGAGUCGCCAUGCUGUGGCAAAGAGCUUGGGCUUCUGCAUAGAAGUGACGACUAUGUCGAAUAAAGAGGCACUACAGCUCUUGCUUGAGAGAAGCCGGGCUGAGAAAACUAGUGAAAAUACACAAGAAGCGGCAGACAUCGUCAAGAGGCUUGGAUAUCAUGCGCUCGCUAUUGACCAAGCCGGAGCUUACAUUCAAGCACGUGGUUUGGAUCUCAACCUAUACAUGACCCACUACUCUGAACGGAAAGAGAAGGUGCUCAAUGAGGUACCUGAACUUUGGGAUUAUAGACGAAAAUUAACUACAGAUGCGGAGUUCGAAACCAAGCUCACUGUGUUCACAACUUGGGAAUUAUCCAUUGAAUUAAUUAAAGGAAGCCCUGCUGUUCGCAAAGACAAAGACCAUCUUCUUACUCUCGCAGGAUUUCUCGACGGCAAAGAAAUCUCUGAUGAACUUUUUAGA